AAGUCUUGGGCGCCCGGGAGACUGCGACGGUGUCGCGAGUUCGAGGCUGGUUUGGGUCUGGGUCGCCUCGCAGAAGAAGAAAGGGAGGAAUCCAGUUGCCUGCGGGACAGGAGUUGUGCCACGAUCGUCGGUACUUACUUAAACUCAGGUCCGGAAUCUCUUCAGAAACAAAAUUGUGUGUGUUCGUGUUUUUUUUUUAAAAAAGAUGUAAAUCGGUUGUACUCAGGCUUGGGGGGAAAAUGAACAAAGAUGCGCAAAUGAGAGCAACUAUUAACCAAAAGCUAAUCGAAACAGGAGAACGGGAACGUCUUAAGGAAUUACUGAGAGCCAAAUUAAUUGAAUGCGGUUGGAAAGACCAGUUGAAGGCACAUUGCAAAGAUGUCAUCAAAGAGAAAGGGCUAGAGCACGUCACGGUUGAUGAUUUGGUGGCAGACAUCACUCCAAAAGGCAGAGCCUUGGUACCUGACAGUGUAAAGAAAGAGCUUCUCCAAAGAAUAAGAACGUUCCUUGCCCAACACGCCAGCCUUUGAUUCUUCCCUUUGAGUCUUAUUGUGCUGUGUUAAGUGAAUCAUGCCAGAAACUGGAAGACAUUUUUCCAUGCUUUGGGGUUAAAGUUCACUAUUUUUUUUUAAUGUUUAGUUACUGAAAGUGUACCUUUGUUACACUGACUUCUUAAUCUUGGUAUUUUAAUAAAAAAAACCCCAACCAUAAAAUGCAAUGAAAUCAACAUCCUGUGGGCGCACGUUGGAAAGAGAUUACAUUUCUUGCUAUUAAAAGGACAUUGUGUCUCAACCUAA